GGUCUUCGGACUGGGCUUGGUCACUUGGCUGCCCCUGAAGAGGGUCGCUUGCUUCCCGAGGCUGUGCCGCCACCGCUGCGUUUAUUUGAAAGGGCCUCUUGGUUCGCCCGGCAUCAGCACCGCUAAAAACCAGGUAAAAACUUCCUCGAAACCCAGAGGAAGAGACCCUUGGCUCCUUUUUGCCAGCGUAGUUCGGGCACAAAACAAGUCUUGAGGUUCGGGAAACCAUUUGAUCCAAAGACUCGCUUUGUGGUAAAAUCUUCAAGCUGGUCGAGGCACCGGCUCCUCUAAAAUAAGGUUUUGAGCCCCAGCUCAAUAAAAUAGGGAAGUAUGUAAAGCCCGUACUUAGAAAAGAACGCGGUAGCUGCCUAUUUUUCCGUUGCUGAAAUUAUUUCUAAUCUUUCAUUCUUGGUGGGCAGGUACUUUUCCCCUUACGUUAUCAGAAACUGUUACUUAGAUAAAUUAAACUUAAAUGCUUACAUAUGGAAAGUAGGAAAAGAAAGUAAUUAUGUUCUGAAAAGACCAUAUCUGUGCAGGCCUGGUUUUUAUUUUUAUUUUUAUUUUUGGUGGAUGAGGAACGCCUGCCUGUCAUUCAGAGCAGAAACUCCCAAAGGGUUGUGAUAUAAAGGCUUCUGUGAAUCUCCCCCAAGAGGUGCUGCCUGGUAUAUAUAUCCCUGCAUGGCUUGCUUCCUGCUAUUUUUGCCUCCUUUCAGUCACUUUCCUCUGUGGACAAGUAAUUUUUUCUGCAUCUAUAUACACUGAAUGCAAUUCAGUCAGUCUUGAAAUGGACACAGCAAAAUUGCAUGCUUAUAAUAUUAUACCUAUACUUAUCUGCAUGAGAACUGGGUUAUCUGCAUUUUUCAGGUUUUUUUUUCUUCUGCUAAUCAGAUGAUGGUCAGAUUAGUGAUUUCUAGAAACAAGGGGAAAGCAGCUCUUGGAGCAGAGAAUUCAUAGCUAAGGGGAAACCUUUUUACAUAUUAGAGUGAAACAUGUUUCCAAUUUUAAUUCAGAUAACUGCUUCAGCUGUCAAAAGUUUAAAAUAUUGACCUUGCAUUUUGGCAGGUUUCUCGCUUUAUGCUAGAGAGGGGUGAGAAUGCAGUUUGCAGUGUGUGGCUAAACUGCUGACAAUUUGGAAGUGCUAUCAGCAGGUAGAAGUGAAAUUGCUGUUGGCUGGCAAGCACAGAGAUACUUCAUGAGAGACAGUACGUUGGGCUUCCUAAGUUUCCCAGGUCUCUUUUCCUAUACGCAUAUAGAAAAAGUGUUACUUCGAAUGCUAUAUGCAUGUGCAUUGAAGAGUAACUUUCUUCUGUUAAUAUUAUUAAUAAAUUGGAAAUCAAAGUGUGGGAUACUUAUAUCACCACUCAAGGCUUUAACAUUAUGGAAUAGACUAGCAUAGCAAUGAGGGGCAGUGAUAGAAACAGUGGUUUGGAGCAUGAAAUGCUUUGUUGUUUCCAGAACUGUUUCCAGAUCUAUUAAGUUUUCUUCUAUCUAAGGACAUCUAGGAUGCUGACUACAGAUGUACAGUAUUCAACAAAUAGCAGUAUCUUUACAUCUGCCAUACCCUGGCAACAGUUCACAUGAAUGUUUACAGUGAAGUGUCAUGAUUGUGUAUGUCUUCCUUCGCACUUUGAUGCUGUACAUCCUUGAGUUCCCCUAGCAUUCUUGCAAUGGCAAUUGAAUGGCAAUUCAACAUCUAAGGAUUGAUGGGUCUUCAACCAGUCUGACCACUUCUCUGCAGAACGGCUGAGAAUGUUUGCUUUCCCUUUUGUAUUGUGAAUUUUCCAGCAUUAGAUGCCAGUGAAACAUCUGAAUGCUUUUUUAAAUAGGUUUUUAUUAAAUAUUUUCUUUGGUUACAAAAUUACAUACAUCAUCUCACCUUCAGAUCAUAAUGUACUUUCUACAGAUUUGUCAUAUUUGUCAUAUUAGUGAGACUUUAAUGUUGUAUGCAGUACAGUGGUACCUCGGGUUAAGAACUUAAUUCGUUCUGGAGGUCCGUUCUUAACCUGAAACUGUUCUUAACCUGAGACACCACUUUAGCUAAUGGGGGCUCCUGCUGCCGCCGUGCCGCCGGAGCAAAAUUGCUGUUCUCAUCCUGAAGCAAAGUUCUUAACCUGAGGUACUAUUUCUGGGUUAGUAGAAUCUGUAACCUGAAGCGUUUGUAACCUGAGGUACCACUGUAUAAGGUUGGGGGGGAAGAGGGAGUAGUAAACUUUCAUUCUUUAUACAUAGUGUAUAUGUGAGGUUUCUGUGUCAGCUUUGAGUGGGUAGGUUCUCUUUAUUCAUUUAUUGGUUUUCAUUGACAUUGAGAGAGGUUGGGGGGCCCAGGGCAUGGUUAGUUGCCUUCAGUUGGCUGCAGUGAGUUUUGUUUGCAUGUAUGGGGGGAGGGGAAGAGGAAUUGUUGGGUAAAGUUAGCCAUAUUGAUUUGUAUGCUGUUGGUGGGUUCUUCUUGUUGCCUUGUUGGGCUGUGUGUGUGUACCAUAUUUUUCCGUCUAUAAGACACCCCCAUAUAUAAGAAAGGUAACAAAUGGCUCCUGUAAGCUAGGUAACAAAUGGCUCCUUAAACCAAUGUUACAGUUGCCAAAAUGGAAUGUCUAGUUGCCAUUUUGGGGUAAGAUGGCUCUAAAGCCUUGAUUUUCAAAUGGACUGAUUGUGAUUGAUUAUCAGUUAAACAUCUUGAGCUACAUUAAGAACUUUGAGAACUUAAAGAAGAAAAGUUACUUUAUCCAGGGACAGUCUAUAUAUAUUUUCUUGAUGGUGACAUAGACCAUUCAUAGCAUAAGAGUAUUCUUCACAACUGUGAGCAGGGUGGGGUAAGUAAAGACAAACUACAACAAUUAACUAUAAUGUUCACUGUUCCUGCUCAGGCUGCACAGAAAAAGCAUUUUGGUUCCUGAAAUUCAUUCUGAUUGCAGAUAAAAUAUAUCUGAUAGAAUUCUACAGGAUGUGAUAUUUGUGUGUGAAAACAGUCAAGAUCCAGUGAUUCCCCAGAUGAUGGAGAUGUCAGAUGCCGUCCUGGUACCCAGGCAUCUUCACUUAGUUGCAAGUGGCCAAUACUCAGAUGCAAAAUGCACCUGGCUAAUUUUAAAUACAGUCGUACUGUACCUUGGUUUUUGAACAGCUUAGUUCUUCAAUGUUUUGGCUCCUAAACACCACAAACCCGGAAGUGACUGUUCCGGUUUGCAAACUAUUUUUGGAAGGCAAACGUCCAAUGCGGCUUCUGAUUGAGUGCAAGAAAUUCCUGUCACCAAUUCAGAAACCGUGCCUUGGUUUUUGAAACCAACUCUCUUGUUCUGAAGCAGUGCAAAUAAUUUCUUUCUGUGAGCAGUCAUGAUACCUGCAUCAUUUUGCGUUCUAUAAAGAUGAUGGUGGUGAUGAUGAUGGUGGUGAUAAUGAUAAUAAUGAUAAUAAUAAUAAUAGUAAUGAUAAUAAUAAUUAAUAAUAUUUAUACCCCACCCUUCUGGCUGGGUUUUCCCAGCCAGAUUUCUGCUCUCUUAAAUGCGGCAGCCACACAACCACUAUUUUGCGUUAUGCCAUGUCCCCACCAUAGCUGCCAUUUUGUGUUAUGCCAAAUACCUCAGAGCCAUCAUAUUUUGACAGGCACCCAUAGUACUUUCUCAAAAUUCCAAAUAUGCCCACUGGUCCAAAAGGGUUGGCAACCCCUGCUGUGGCCACUUGUAUUUCCUUUCUUUAACAUCAAGACAAUGUCUGAUAUGACAAAUUAUAUGAAUAUUGCCCAAAGGGCGCAAAAUAAAGGUAGAAUUGAUGUCAAGAAUACAUUAAGUUUUGGUUCUGAUGGUAAAGGCAGUGCAAAAAUACCCUUGAAGCAAUAUAUAAUACUUCUGAUCUAGGUCAUUUAAUAGCUCUAUCAGCAUCCUAGCUUGUAAAGCAAUGCAAUAUAGCAAAGAUGAAAUAGGGAAGACAAAACAACUUCUUAGUCUAGUUCAAAUCCAUUAGUUAAUUUCAUUGGACCUCUAGAGUAAUGUUUGAAAAAUAACAUAAAAUUUGAAUUAAUUAUAUGUUUGUUAUUAUUUGUUUAAACCAUUUACAUAUUAAUGUAUGCCAGGACAGGAUACAUCAUUAGAUCUCAAAAGUGAGACUUGCAAAGUUUCCCCAUCUUUUUAUGAUCCAUUUCUUGGAUUUGGCUAAAUUAUCCUUUAAUAAUUACUCAAGAUAUUUAAUCUUUCCAUGAGAAAAAUGCCAAUUCUGAGAAAGGUUUGGACCAAUAAACAAGAUUUAUUUGGAUUUGUUGGUAUAAUAAGUUUCUGGAUUUCUGGAAUAUAGUAAAAAUGCUAGUUGAUAGAACAAAAUGCUUUAAUAUAUUUUAGUUAAGGCUGUUUACAUAAGACUAUACACUUACUGUUAUCUUAAUUGUUAGGCUAGGAGUAACACAUGAUUCCUGUAGCGAAGAUACAUAUAGUAACUUGCUUCAACAGUAUCACCAGUUGGAACAGGAGAUGGGUCAAGUUGCUGAAACAUGGCUUGAAUAUCAGAAAAGAAUAGAUGAUUAUGUUGAUGACCAGCUUAAUUUUGUUCCAGGUGACAGUGAGAACAAAAGAACACUUUCUGAAAGAAGACUGGGAAGUUUUUAAGCAGAGGCAUUUGAUAGAACAGUUAAAUGGCAGUAAAGCAAUAUCUGGAGAAAAUAACUUCACAGACACAAUGAGACAUCUGUUGUCAUCAAGACUGAGUAUUUCUGACUGUCCUAAUUGCAAUUUCAGGCACAGAUGUACUUGUGAUGACUGCAGCCUUUCGCAUAUUCUGAUGUGUGGAAUCAUGGAUUCACCAGCUACAGACGAUGUCCAUAGUAACCAGCUUCCCCUUCAAAUUGAUUCUGCUCCCGAUUAUCUCUCUCAAAUGCACUUACGAAGUACAUCAUCAGGAAGCUCAGGGUCUAGUUCUAGUUCUCCUUUUACUGACCAGCAGAUAGACAGACAAAGACUCAUCCUUGCAGAUAAUAGCUCUGGAUCAUCUUUUAAUACUGAAAAUGAAGAUAUUUCAGCAGUAUCAGAAAAACCUGAUAUUUAUUGUAUUAAUCACUACGAUAAUGCUGAGGCUGUCAGAAACAUGAAUGGGAUCCACAGACUGUUAACUGAUGGAGUCAAAAACAUGGCAUUAAAGGCUGAGUCUCCCCACCAGAGCAGUAGUAGCAGUUCAUCAGUAGCAGAUGCUGAAGAAGCAGAUGAAGAGAAUGGUGAUAAUUUACCAAGGGCUCAAGAAGGGGAUUUAAUGCUUGGAACUAAUGUGCGAAGGAAGGAUGAAGUGAAAACGGACAGUUCUUUGUCAUCAUACUCUAUUCAGCAGCAGAUGGAUCAAGAACCAGCUUGUUGUGAGUGCCAUGUCUGUAAACAGGAAAUCUCAGGCCCCUCUUCUUCAGACACUGAAGUGAAAUGUCUUCCUGGUGGGCAUCAAUUUAGGAUGCCAGAAAAACCUGCCCAUCCUGCUCUUCAUCUUUAUCCUCAUAUCCAUGGACAAAUGCCACUUCAUACUAUUCCUCACUUACCUCCUCCACUAAUCCAUCCUUCUUUAUACACUGCUUCCCCCUUUGCACAAAAUAAGGCCCAGGUUCAGAAUAAUGGAAACAAUCACCAAGCACUCAGUACACCAUUCCAAGAUAAUAUCUACCCAAAUGGUUUUGGAAGUACCUGUACUACAGACUGGAAGAGUUCUAAAUUUUUAAACAUCUGGGAAUCGGAAGUCAUGAAUGAGAAAAACUGGAAUGCCUCCACCUCUUUACAAGAGGAACUUCCUGGAAGUGCUGCUGCAGCAGCAUCUCUUUCAGAACUGAUAUCUAAUGUACUUCCUAGAAAUGAAGGAAUAACUGAGAGCAAAAAAAGGGAAAAUAUUUUAAAGAAAAAAUGUCUGUAUCAUUGUCAAGAUGCGUCUUUUAUGGACACUAAAAAAGUAGUGAUGGCAACAUCUUCAGCAACCUCUUCUGUUUCAUGCACUGCUACCACAGUACAGUCAAGCAACAACCAGUUUAAAGUUUCAUCUAAAAGAUCGUCAUCACUAGGUGAUGUAUUCCACAAUAUCAGUUCAGAGGAUCCCAGAUGUUCUGCAUUAGCUGCAUCUCAAAAUCCCACAAAUUUUGUGCCACUUCCUUUCCUUUCUCCAGCUUCUACUCCCCAACUGCCAAAUGCUAAUGCUUCAUCUUUCUCCAGAGCUACCACAACUGCACCCAGCUUUGUGGAUUCCCAUUCAGGUCUUUAUCCCAUGACAGUUCCACCUCUUUCAACCACAGAGAGCUUAAUUAGUGCUCCAUCAAGUGUUUGCAGUGAUCCUGACUGUGAAGGCCAUCAUUGUGAGAACAGCCGUGUAUAUAACCAUCAACAGUAUGAUGGUGAGGAGAGCCAAGAUGAAGAUAGCUGCUCAGAGCAUAGCUCUAGUACCUCAACAUCCACAAACCAAAAAGAAGGAAAAUACUGCGACUGUUGCUACUGUGAAUUCUUUGGUCAUGGAGGACCACCAGCAGCACCAACUAGUAGGAAUUAUGCUGAAAUGAGAGAAAAACUUCGCUUACGUUUAACAAAGAAGAAAGAGGGACAACCCAGGCAACCAGAGCUGAUACAAGAUAGGGAAAGUGUUGUUGAUCAUCGAAAAGUAGAGGACUUGCUGCAGUUUAUAAACAGCCCUGAGACUAAGCCAGUUAGCAGCUCACGCACAGCCAAAAGAGCAAGGCAUAAGCAAAAAAAGUUAAAAGAAAAGUCCCACAUUGAAACUAAAGCUAGAGAAAAGGAAUAUCAUCAGCUACUAGAACAGCAACAGCAAGAAGAUAGAGGGGCACAACAACUGCAAGAGUUACAAGACAUUAAGAAAAAGAAGAAAGAGAGGACCAGCACAAACUGCAAACAAGUGCAGGUGCAUACUCAGAAUUGCCAAGUAAUGAUGAAGCCUUCCCCUGACAUCCCAGAAAACAUUCAGAAUGAAUUCCUUGAUGAAAUAGAAACGUCAUGUGAAUUACUUUCUAAACAUGCAGAUCAUGUUGAACAGGGGCAAGUUUAUGAAAAGUGCUUUGACCCAUCAAAUCCGAUAAAUGGUAGAGACUCAAAAUUGCUUUUCAAUACGGAGAUGACUGUGAAAUCACAUGAACCCCUUUCUUUGCUUCUUAACAUAAUGCAUCAUCACACAGAAGAUAACAACAAAGAGCAGAUAACACAAAUAAAUGAUCUGUUUUCUCAACGAUUGAAAAAGUCUUCCAAAGCAACUGAUAUACAGACUCCACCUAAAAUAAAAAACAAAAUAAAUUCUAAAAUUAAAGUGACAGAACUUCAGUCACUUGUUGUCUCCAAAAAAGAGGAGAAAAAAGUAAGCACAAAUAAAUCAAAGCAAAUUAAUUCUGUGACAAAGCCACCUUUUGUGAGAGGCUCCUUUUUUCAAAAUGAACAGCUGCAUAAUAAGCUUCUACUACAAGAGUCUCCACAGCCAAAAGGCAAGAGCAAGAAAAAUAAGAAAAAGAAAAGUGACAAAGGGAACUCCUCAAUUGAUGAUGUGUUUUUGCCCAAAGAUGUUGACCUAGACAGUGUGGAAAUGGAUGAAACUGAGCGGGAAGUUGAACAUUUUAAAAGAUUCUGCUUGGAUUCUGCGAGACAGACAAGGCAAAGACUUUCCAUCAAUUGGUCCAACUUUAGCUUGAAGAAAGCUACCUUUGCUGUCCACUAAAGGCGUGUGGAUAUGAAUGUUGUGGGAUCUAAUUACUAACUGCACUCCCUGUGCUGAGAACUGCUGUGGCCUUGAGACAAAUACCUUCAUUAGCAGUGCUGUGUGGAUCUUCACUGAUCAUCUAGCCUUUCCCCUGAGUAUGCUAGAAGGCUGCAGAAUUGCUGCUUUCUAACGUCAUAUGUUAGUUUCUGUGAUUGAAGUCUGUGAAUGAGACUUAUCUGACUAUAGUCUGCAGUUGCUGGAAUAGGAACAACAGCAUGUUUCCAGUCUCUGGAGAUACUUUGGCUUUUCCCAUUUUGCUAUGACUUGUCCUUCAAACAGAGCAAUGAAUCCAACUAGUUUUGCUCUUUCCUUAUAGACUUCUUUAAAGAAAUUGUCAUAGAGAAACUUCCUCUUUGGGGACAAGCAUUUACUUUCGUUUUUCACAAUCUACUGUUGAGAAUGUACAAGUUAAGCAAUUUGUGUUUUGAUUCCCAAUUUGUAGCCAGCUUGUGUAAAAAUACUUGCAAGAGGAAGUUUAGCAAAUGAGUACUUGCAUAUCAAAUCAGUAAAACUGUAUAACUGUAUUAAUGCUGAAGCCUAUUGGCUGAUUUUUUAACAUAUUGUUAAAUAAUAUUAAGAUCAUGCCUUUCUUGUUGAAAGAUGGAAUACAUUAGUAAUCACAAAA